GGGAAGAGGCUGGAGUGGAGAAUUCAAACGGAGUAUGGCGGCGGAGAAAGAGUGCGAGGAAAACAAGCAAAACAGACGAGGGACAGUAUGUAAUAUAGUGAUAAGUCAGGAGAUGCCUCAGAACCAGCCUGUGAUUUUUAACCCGGACUUCUUCGUGGAGAAGUUGAGGCAUGAGAAGCCUCAUGUUUUUACGGAGCUUCUGCUGAGUAACGUGACCCGGCUGAUGGACCUGCCCGGCGCCGAGUUCUCCCAGCUGCAGGGCGAGUCCGAACUCAAGCUUCCCGCCUCCACCGGCUUCCUGCGCCUCCCCAACUUCCUCAAACGCAAAGAGAAAGGAGUGGUUUUUGGAGCACCUUUAACUGAGGAGGGCAUCGCACAAAUCUACCAGCUAAUAGAGUACCUGGGUAAAAACCUGCAUGUGGAGGGGCUGUUCCGAGUUCCCGGGAACAGCAUCAGACAGCAGGCCCUGCGGGAGAUGCUGAACGCCGGGGCCGAUAUAGACCUGGAGACGGGGGACUACCACCCCCACGAUGUGGCCACGCUCCUCAAGACCUUCCUCGGGGAGCUGCCGGAGCCGCUGCUGACUCACCGCCAUUACCACGCUCACCUCAAAAUAGCCGAGAUGACUCUGUUUGAUGAAAAAGGCAAUAAAACGUCUGUUCCUCAUAAAGAGCGUCAGAUUGAAGCCCUGCAGCUUCUCUUCAUGCUGCUUCCUUCAGCCAAUCGCAGCCUCCUGAAACUCCUGCUGGACCUUCUGUACCAAACCGCCAAGAAACAGGACAAAAACAAGAUGUCCGCCCACAACCUGGCCAUCAUGUUCGCUCCCCACAUCAUAUGGCCCAAAAAUGUCACAGCCAGCGAUCUGCAGGAUAAUCUGCAUAAACUCAACAGCGGAAUUUCAUUUCUCAUCAAACACUCGCAGAAAUUAUUUCGGGCGCCGUCGUACAUCAAAGAUCACGCACGGAUGCUCUUCACCGGAUCCAGAACUCCUCAGUCCAAGGACGAUAUGGAGCUGUGCUCCGGGACGGUCAGCAGGACACGCCUCCCCUCGAAGAGGAGCAGUGAUGAGCACGACGGUGGAGGACAGCAGCAGCAGCAGCAUCACACUCAGGAUGCUCUCCGUGAUCUCUUCAACCACGUCACCAACAUGCCCGAAUCCGCCAAGAAGAAGAAGCUCAUUCGACAGUUCAACAAGCAGGGAACUCCUGUUCGGGAAAACACCAGACCUCCUUCAAAUACCAAACACGGGCGCUCUCGGUCUUUAGGAGGACUUAUAAAGAAGAAAGUUUUGGGGAGUCAGCUCACAGUAACGGGAACGUCUCAAACCAAAGAGGCGACAAAAGGAAGCAGCGCCUCGUCUAUCAAACGGACCCCCCUCUCUCCGGCCCAGCAGUCCAGUUUAAGCUUACCAUAACUAUUUAUUUAACCUUUAAUCCAUUUAGAUCAGAUAGAUAAUAAUAUAAUUGGCUAAUAAUAUAAUUUACAGUCCGAUAACAAAGUCGAGCCAGUGUGAUUUUAACCCGAACCAUUAAAAUGUUUAAUUUUAGUGAAGAUUUCUACAGGAUUUUAAGUUAUAAAAAUGUCUGUUGCACCCUGAACAAAGCAUUAAUUAAAAAAAGGUAUUAAAAGAAAAAAAAUAAAAUAUAAAAAGGUAUAGAUGGGAUUUGCACGUGUGGAGGAUUGAGCUGGACUUUAAAGGAGGAGUUUAAAGCAGAUUAUUUACAGUAUAAUCUGUAUUCUGUGACUUUAAAACAGACACUGAUUAUUGUCGGGAAGCUAAACUGUGGUAUAUUUAUAUAAAACAAAUAUUUUUGUUUUUAUUUAUUUUUGUUCUUUUUUAGAUUUUAUUUUUCUCCCCAAAAGGAAUUUCUGCAUCAAAUGUAAAAUGGUUCAUUUUAUUAAAACUUUUAUUGACUUUUUUUUUUUUAUUAUUAUUGUUUUGGUUGAUUUUUACAGUGGUGGUGAUAAGAAAUAGAAGCAUUACGAUAUACCAAACCAAAUGAAUAUAGCUGUUUUAUUUACUAUACUAAUUUUUGCAGUGAACCUAUUUGAUUUUUUUGCAACACUACACCCUGCAUAUUGCCUGUGUAUCCCUCCACCUUUUUAAUGAUAUGUGAUUUUUAGAACUUUUUUUAAACCGAAACCGAAAUCAUCUCAAAAUCUUAAUUUUGAGGACGCAGCUGAUGUAUCCUUCCUAAAAACGCAAAAACACAACUCAUGAAAACCUAUAAAAAAAGCAAAUGUAUUUGGUAUGUAGUAUAUACAGCUCUGGAUUUUUUUUUUUUUUUAAUUUUCCAGUUUCUCUCUGAUUUUGCUAUUUAUAGGUUUAUGUUUGAGUAAAAUGAACAUUGUUGUUUUAUUCUAUAAACUACAGACAACAUUUCUCCCAAAUUCCAAAUAAAAAUAUUCUCAUUUAGAGCAUUUAUUUACAGAAAAUGAGAAAUGACUGAAAUAACAAAAAAGAUGCAGAGCUUUCAGACCUCAAAUAAUGCAAAGAAAACAAGUUCAUAUUUAUAAAGUUUUAAGAGUUCAGAAAUAAUCAAUAUUUGGUGGAAUAACCCUGGUUUUUAAUCACAGUUUUUUUUUCAUGCAUCUUGGCAUCAUGUUCUCCUCCUCCACCAGUCUUACACACUGCUUUUGGAUAACUUUAUGCUGCUUUACUCCUGGUGUAAAAAUUCAAGCAGUUCAGUUUGGUGGUUUGAUGGUUUGUGAUCAUCCAUCUUCCUCUUGAUUAUAUUCCAGAGGUUUUCAAUUUGCUAAAAUCAAAGAAACUUGUAAUUUUUCCCAGAGCUGUAUAUUUAUUUUUCAGUUUAAGUCAGUUAGUUUAAUGCCUUCCCUCAAUAUGGAGCUUUUAAAGGAGUUAAACUCUUCAAUUAUUCAUGUUCUAUUCACCAGCACUGUAAACAUCUCGCUAAGUUUCACAAAAAUAACAGAUGGAGCUUUAAAGCUGACUCAAACCUUGAACUCAUUUUACCUGACUUUUAAAACAAUUUUUAAUCAAUAUAUAUAUAUAUAUAUAUUUUUUUUAACAAUGCUUUUUUGUUUGUGUUAAAAACCUUAAGAACAUUUAAAUAUAUGAAUUUCGCCACUAAAUUUUACAAGAUUAUUAAAAGUCAGAUAUAUAAAAUGCAUAUUCAGGUGUUUAAAUCAGCUUUUUUAGCUCCGUACAAAAAAUAAAACUCACUCUGAGUGAGAGUUCAAGUCCUACAACUAUUUAUUUUUAUUUUAUAAUUAUGCAGAAAUGUAGAAAAUCUGUGGAAUUUGCCUUUAAGGUGUGAACAGUCUAGUUUGGAUGAGCUAAAAGGUGAGUUCUUGAGUUUUUGAGAGUAUUUUUUGAAAGUCUGAUGUUGAGGAAACUGUUGUACGGGAAUGAGGGAACAUGUGGUUUUAACAUCCUAGCGACCUGAGAGAGAAACGAUGGCUAAAAUUCGAGUUUUUAUCUAAUUUUAAAUGUUUUCUAAAAUAAUUUGGCAUCUUUGGAUUAAGUCCUCGGUUCAAAUUCAGAUGAUGCAGCUAGUUUGGAAUUUGCUCCAGCUAUAUUUUGGCUCAGCUAACUCCUCCGGAGGGUGGACGGAAUGGGAUUAGAUUUUAGUGAUUGGACUACGACUUAAAAUUAACACCUGUUCUACACCUGUGCUUAUAAUCAGACACUUAAAAUCAGAUAAUCCAGGACGCUAGGAUGUUAAUAGCAGGUGUGAACGGGGUCUGGAAGUAUUUAGAAGGUCUGAUGUUGGUAAACUGGUUUAUGCUAAUGAGGGAUCUUAACAAUGGUGGAAUCUGUAAAGCAGAAGAUCAUAGUUUCCAGUCCUGAGGGUUAAAAACACCCAGUAAUUAACCAAAUUCAGCUGAUUCCAGUUAAACCAGGUGUUGUUCCUCCCUCAGGACUGGAUUUGAAGAACUCUGCUUUAAAGAAAAGUGUGUAUGAUACAUUUGCAUGUGAAUGAGUUUAAAAUUUGGUGCUAAUUAACUUGAAUUAACUUAAUUAUUUUCCCAUUUUAUUGUGUAAACUGUUUGGCUUAUAUAAUAGAACGUGUACACUGAUAUGCCAAAUUCCUAGGGAUAUUUCUAGUAUCCUUUGUCUAGCAUCCCAUGACUUUUGCCACACCACUUACUAACCCACUGCUUUCAAUGUUCACUAACAAGAUAGCACCUCACAACUUUACUUCUACAGGUGUAGGAAUUCCCUAGUCAGCAAUCGUCAAUUUACUGCAUAGUGCUGUCCCAUGACUUUUGGCACAUGUAUUUGAAGCUAAAGAACACCAAAUUAACCUGUGGGAUAUGAGUGCAGUGUCUAUAGAAUUGAUUUUAAAAGUGAUUUUAGAGUUUCGUUUCUGUUGGCACGGACAAUUCUAGCCAGAAGUCGCCGGACACCAUCAUUAACACUCACCCAUCUCAUCCACUGUGAUUAGUAUUAAUAGCUUUCUACUAUGCAUUACGUAUUCUUAAUACUUACUUACAAGAUAUCACCUCACGACUUAUAUAUACAGAUGUGUUCCUAAGCUAUACCCUGAUAUGCAACAUUUUACGAAAAAAUUACGAUAAAUCUGCUGUCCCAUGACUUUUGGCAUGUCAGUGUUUUUCUGUGUUUCCACCUUCUUCUAUUGUUCCAAAGCAAAGCCAAUAUAAUUUUUUGUACGGAAUUUUGCAUUUUAUAAAAUUAGGGAGAAAUUACGGGCCUUAAUAGUGUAAAUUUGAUGAAUUAUUUAGUUUUUGGUUUUAUUUCAUUUUGUACAGUUUGGGUUUUAUGAGUGUAAAAAUCUUAAUUUCUUUGUAUAUAUUUUUAGUGUACAAGAGAUUAAGAAAAUGUGACUUGGGAUUUUUUUAUUUCUUUUUUAUUUGCAUUUGUUACAUUUUUUUACCAGUUUAUUUUUUAUUUUUGUUUAUCGGGCAUUUUUACUAACAUGUUUCUGUUUUUCUGUAAAAUGUGAAAAAGCUUGAGCCUUGAUGUCUUUAGACUUUUUUUUCUUUUUUUUAAUAUAUAUAAAUAUAUGUAUAUCAUCUCUUUGAAUUUUUUUUAUCUUUUUAUCUUUUUUUAGUACCAUUUUUCAUCUGUGUGAUCGUUUGUUAACUGUGAUUUUAUUUUUAUUUUUUUUACUUACAUGUUUACAUUCCGAUUUUCUUUAACUUUUUUUUUUUUUUUUUGGUCCGGGUUCCUAAAACUGGGAUAUUAAAGGGGAACUCCAGUGUGAAAUAUGUUUGUUAUAGUUAAUUAUAAUAACAAGUACAAACUUUUGUUAAAUAGCCUCCAACUCCAUUCAUCCCAAAAAAUUCCCAAAUACAGCAUUUUUAGCUGAAUAUUAGCGCUGUGGUUAGCAGCUAAUGCUAAUGCUGCUCCAGUCUUGGUGCUGGAGAAACUUUACUGUAACUCCUGUAUAACUCUGUACUUCAGUGAAGUGACUUUACUGCUCCUUAAUACCUGACUGAUAGAAUUCAUACACUGAUAAUUUUUGGGAAAAUUAAAGAAUUUUGUGCAAAAAAUACAGUACUUUUAGUUUGUUGUUAAUGGUGUAAAAAAAGUGAUUUCUUUGCAUGGAUAACUUUAUGCCCCUUUCACUAGCAUCAGCUAAAAGUGCUGUAAGUCCAUUUAACACUGGAGUUUUUCUACAGGACUAUAGUGACCAACAAAUGGAAAGUAUAGUUCUGCAAUAGGUUUAAAGAAAAGGUGAAAAAAUUAGCAUUUUUCUGUUUUUAGUUUCUAUUGUUUUUUUUGUUUCUAGUGGAUUUUUUGUCGUAUAGACUGUUUUGCAUGUUAUUUUUUCAUCUAUUCCAGCUGGUUACACUUGGAUGAAUGGAUGGAUGGAUGGAGAUCACUGUUACUCUGCUGGCAUUAUGUCCUGGUUUAAUUAAGAUCAGUUCCUGCUGUUUGAUCCAGUUGGCGGGAUCCACAUUGUAAAGAUGCUUCUGUCAAUUUAUGACAUUAAAUCAAGAUUAUUCAAAAAA